AUGGCAGACGACGACGCGCCGGCGCCGCCCUCGUCGCCCAAGGCCGAGCUGACGCGCGCCGAGACCGAGGCCAUUGGGCCUGCGUCAGACAACCCGGCCGCGAAGCCAGACACGACGGCGGGCCCCGUCGUGGUCAUCACGCUGCUGCUGACGAGCGGCGCGCGGCAUCCCUACAAGAUUGACGAAAAGUACCUCAAGAAGCGCGGCGUCGACGUCGAGAACAUGGAUCCCUUCAACAUCAGCGUGUACACGCUCAAGGAGCUGAUAUGGCGGGACUGGCGUGAAGAAUGGGAGCCACGGCCGUCGUCGCCCAGCGCAAUCCGGCUCAUCUCGUUCGGCCGCAUGCUCGACGACAAGCAGCCCCUGCGCGACUGCCGCUUCCAGGCCGAGUCGCCCAACGUGGUGCACAUGACGGUGAAGCCGCAGGAGGUGGUGGACGAGGAGGACGCCAAGACGGCCAAAGGCGGGUCGCGCGACCACGACGACAACGAGCAGACGGCGCGCUGUCGCUGCGUGAUUUUGUAG